UUCUUCUUCUCUCCCUUCCACCAUGGGCAACUGUUGCUCCCAAGGCAACACCAACGAUGGCCCAGCUAAUGACAAGGGAGAAACCAUCCCUGAGCCUACGACCAACCCGGAAACUGCUGCGCCUGAGAGUUCAGCCGCGCAGAAUAAGCCUGCAGCCAGUUCCACUCCUGCUGCUUCAUCCGGAGCGUCUACCAAGCCUAGCAAGCCAACCCCUAUAGGACCUGUGUUGGGCAGGCCUAUGGAAGAUGUUCGUACCCUUUACACUAUAGGAAAGGAGCUCGGUCGCGGGCAGUUUGGUGUUACCCAUUUGUGUACCAGCAAGGCAACCGGCGAGCAGUUUGCUUGUAAGACAAUAGCCAAGCGGAAACUUGUAAACAAGGAGGAUAUUGAGGAUGUCAGGAGGGAAGUUCAGAUCAUGCACCAUUUGACGGGUCAGCCUAAUAUAGUCGAGCUUAAGGGUGCCUAUGAGGACAAGCAAUCGGUUCAUCUGGUGAUGGAGUUGUGUGCAGGAGGAGAGCUCUUUGAUCGUAUUAUCUCAAAGGGGCAUUACACCGAGCGUGGUGCAGCAUCUUUGCUGAGGACUAUUGUUCAGAUUGUCCACACCUGCCAUUCCAUGGGAGUUGUCCAUAGGGAUCUCAAGCCUGAAAAUUUCCUUCUGCUGAACAAGGAUGAGAAUGCACCUCUCAAGGCUACAGAUUUCGGUUUAUCCGUGUUCUUCAAACAAGGAGAAGUAUUUAGAGAUAUUGUUGGUAGUGCAUAUUACAUUGCACCUGAAGUAUUGAAGAGAAGAUAUGGACCAGAGGUCGAUAUAUGGAGUGUUGGGGUUAUGUUGUAUAUCCUUCUAUGUGGAGUUCCUCCCUUCUGGGCAGAAUCGGAGCAUGGGAUAUUCAAUGCAAUCUUACGCGGCCACAUUGAUUUUACAAGCGACCCAUGGCCCACUAUUUCAUCUGGUGCCAAGGAUCUUGUCAGAAAGAUGUUAACUUCAGACCCAAAGCAGAGGAUAACAGCAUUCCAAGUUCUGAAUCAUCCAUGGAUUAAGGAGGAUGGAGAAGCACCUGAUACUCCUCUUGACAAUGCAGUUUUUGAAAGGUUCAAACAGUUUAGAGCAAUGAACAAGUUCAAGAAAGUUGCUCUUCGGGUCAUUGCUGGCUGUCUAUCAGAGGAAGAAAUCAUGGGAUUGAAGCAAAUGUUUAAGGGCAUGGACACUGAUAAUAGUGGAACCAUAACACUUGAAGAGCUGAAGCAAGGUCUGUCCAAGCAAGGGACUAAGCUGUCUGAAUAUGAAGUUAAACAGUUGAUGGAAGCUGCUGAUGCAGAUGGCAAUGGAACCAUUGACUAUGAUGAGUUUAUCACGGCAACAAUGCACCUGAACAGAAUGGACAAAGAAGACCAUCUUUACACAGCCUUCCAAUACUUCGACAAAGAUAACAGCGGGUAUAUUACAACCGAAGAGUUGGAGCAAGCUCUCCAUGAAUUUGGCAUGCACGAUGGAAGGGACAUAAAAGAAAUCCUUAAUGAAGUUGACGGUGAUAAUGAUGGCCGGAUCAACUACGAUGAGUUCGUGACAAUGAUGAGAAAAGGGAACAGUGGUGGUGCCGGAGUUGUUAACGAUUGUCAUGGUCAACAUAAUAUCACAAACGGUACUUAGCCGUCGGUUGUUCCAAUCAAAAGAAUCGAAGACGAAUAGCUUUAAGGAGAUGAUUGUGGAGUCAAUGGUAUGGGCCGGGCAAUUCAACA